GAAAACAAAAACAAGGGGUUUGCUCGGCUCCGGAGGCUGCGGCGGAGCCGGGAGGACGCGGAGGUGCGGGGCGGGCGCUGCGCCCCGCUGAGGAGCAGGAUGCGGCCGGGGCUGUGAAGGCCGGGCGGUGGCGGGGAGGUCGGAUGCGGGUCCCGGAGCACCGCUGAAGCGGCUGCCCCCCGACCUCGGAGACGGAGCCCGGACGCCCCCGCCGCGCCGGUUCGCGACGCCGGGGCCCGCACGAUGAAGGAUUUGGGGGCCGAGCACUUGGCAGGUGGCGAGGGGGUUCAGCUUCUCGGAUUGUUGAACUUCUACCUGGAGCAAGAACAGAGAUUUCAACCUCGAGAAAAAGGGCUGAGCUUGAUGGAGGACACCCCAGAGAAUGAUAACACUUUAUGUUCAAGACUGAGAAAUGCCAAAGUAGAAGAUUUAAGAAGUUUAACUAACUUUUUUGGAUCUUGCACUGAAACUUUUGUUCUGGCUGUCAAUAUUUUGGAUAGGUUCUUGGCUCUUAUGAAGGUGAAACCGAAACAUUUGUCUUGCAUUGGAGUCUGUUGUUUUUUGCUGGCAGCCAGGAUGGUGGAAGAGGAAGGCGACAUUCCACCCACUCACGAUGUGAUCCGGAUCAGUCAGUGUAAAUGCACGGCCUCUGACAUUAAACGGAUGGAGAAGAUAAUCUCAGAGAAAUUGCACUAUGAGUUGGAAGCUACUACUGCCUUAAACUUUUUGCACUUAUACCACGCAAUUGUAUUUUGUCAUACUUCAGAAAGGAAGGAAAUACUGAACCUCGACAAACUAGAAGCUCAGCUGAAAGCUUGCAACUGCCGGCUUGUCUUUUCAAAAGCAAAACCAUCUGUAUUAGCUCUGUGCCUUCUCAAUUUGGAAAUAGAAACGGUAAAAUCCGUUGAAUUGCUGGAAAUUCUUCUGCUUGUUAAAAAACAUUUGAAGAUCAGCGACACGGAAUUCUUUUACUGGAGGGAAUUAGUUUCUAAAUGCCUAGCAGAGUACUCUUCUCCUGAAUGCUGCAAACCUGACCUGAAGAAGCUGGUGUGGAUUGUUUCAAGGCGCACAGCGCAAAAUCUGCACAACAGUCACUACAGCGUGCCCGAGCUACCGACCAUCCCGGAGGGGGGCUGUUCGGAUGGCAGCGAAAGUGAGGACUCUGGUGAAGACAUGAGUUGUGGAGAGGAGAGUCUCAGCAGUUCCCCUCCCAGUGACCAAGAGUGCACCUUCUUUUUUGACUUCAAAGUGGCUCAGACACUCUGCUUUCCGUCUUAGAAUUUGCAUGGUCUGUGUCAGGAGUUAAAGGAUGUGCGCCUGUUUCAAAGCAAUAAAUGGGGGAGUAGGUAGUUCUCUAGUGCAUCCCCCAUCUAGACAGGAAUUAGACAGACUGGAAUACCUACCUUCUAUUUAUUAUUCAGGUCAGAUCUGGCCUAUUUUCAUAUUUAAUCCUAAGCCAUCAAAUGGGUUAGUGCCUCUUAACAGUACUUUAUACAUUGGCACUUUAUUUUCUAGUUGACUUUACCUGUGGGGAGGAAGGAAGGUGCUGAUACCUUUGUUACUUUUCAAGAUUUUUAGAGAUGGGUAGUGUAGCUUGUCUUCAACUGUAGAGCCUUCGGGUGUCUUUCUCUAACAGUGAGAGGGUGCAAGCGCUUCCGUAGCAGGGACAGUGGAUAAGCCUUCCGUGGUUCGUCUGGGAUUUCCUUCUCCCCUGUUCUCAGAACAGACUGUACAGGACUCUUGAGUGUCAAACACCAACUUUGUUUUCUGAUGAUACUGGCUGAUACAGAUCCUAUACAUUAAGAGUUAUAUUGACAUAUCUGUGAAUUUUAGUUUCUAAAUGUCUUGAGAUUUCUGCUAAAGCAGAAAUUGUCAUCAGGCUAGGGCUGUUAGUUGCAUUCUUAAUACCUAAGUAUUCUCAUACUGUAGUAUUAUUUUAUUGUUAUCUAAAAGAUCCAUAAUCUGCUAGUUUUGCAUGCACCUGUAUGAAAAUGGAACCGGAAAUGGAACAAAUAUGAACAGAACAGGAAAUGGAAUUGAUAAGCACUGAUUUAGUUCAUCUCACUUUCUUGUAUUGAAAAAUCUGCAUGAUAACUUUCUGAUUGUUUUGUAAUUCACAUUUCAUAAUGUAUUGUGUAUGGGUGCCAAGAUUUGAAUAUGAAGUGAAGGAACUCCAGUGUUUGUAGUAUUAGUUAAAGCGAUUCUGUGUGGUGAGACAGCCAUAGGGAUGAGGAUGUGUACACUCUGUACACAGAAGAUUUGUACAGAGAAUUUUUAACUUUAUAAACCUAUGUGAAAAUGUAAAUCUUUUAAAAUGUACAUAAAAUACUGUAUUUUUUUACCUUGUGUGUGUGGUAAUCUGGUCAGUGCAUAUAAAUAUAAUUUAUUGUGUGUUCUAUAUUCCCAGACAUUGAUGACUUACUUUUUAUUAGUAAGUCAACACCCAUUGAGGUGUUUUCCAAAGUAGAUUUUUUUUUAAGUCAGAAUAGGUUGUAAUUCAAAAUAAAAACAUUAAUGAAUUCUCCUUACGUUUAGUUUUUAAUUGAUUUUUGGUGAGUUUCAUCACAAAGGCUUGAAGUGAGGUUGAGGGUCCCCACGUUGUCUUUUAACUGCUGACAAGUCCUCUUGUGUGGUUUCUCAUCAGUUUGGCCCUUGGUUUUGGAAAUACCCAAAGGGCAUCUGUCACUUGAAAAUUGACCUAUCUCUGGGUGGGUUUAUAUUAAACUUUCAGAGAUGGCACACUAA